GCACGCAUUAUUCGCGAAGAGAUUCUUGUCAAGGAUUGGGAUGUUAUCGUGACCAGUUAUGAAAUGUGCAUCAAGGAGAAGGGGGUUUUGCGAAAAUUUAAUUUUUUAUACCUUAUAAUUGAUGAGGCGCAUCGCAUUAAGAAUGAAAAAUCUAAGUUGUCUGAAAUAGUGCGUGAAUUUCGUUCUCAAAACAGACUUCUGCUCACUGGUACUCCGCUUCAAAAUAACCUACAUGAGCUCUGGGCACUUUUAAAUUUUCUCAUGCCGGAAAUGUUCUACAAUGCUGAAAUGUUCGAUGAGCUCUUUAACAAUUCCUCCGUAGAGGAAGAGAAUUUGGUCUCUCGGCUACAUUCCGUAUUACGACCGUUCCUCUUGAGGAGAAUUAAAGCCGAUGUAGAAAAAAAGCUACCGCCUAAAAAAGAAACGAAAAUAUACAUUGGUUUGAGCAAGCUACAACGUGAGCUAUACACAAAACUACUGCUUAAGGAUAUCGAUAUAGUUAAUUCUACUGGCAAUAAAAUUGAAAAAGUCCGUCUACUUAAUAUCCUUAUGCAAUUGCGAAAAUGUUGCAAUCAUCCCUAUUUAUUUGAUGGAGUUGAGCCCGGUCCGCCCUACACGACCACCGAGCAUAUUGUCAAUAAUUGUGGGAAAAUGAUUCUUCUUGAUAAACUUCUUUCGAAGCUACAGCAGCAAGGCUCAAGAGUUUUAAUUUUCAGCCAAAUGACGAGAAUGUUAGACAUUCUUGAAGACUACUGUCUUUGGCGGGAGUUUGAAUACUGUAGACUGGACGGAAGCACACCCCAUGAAAUUAGACAGGUCUCUAUUGAUGAGUUUAAUCGACCAGGCUCAACUAAAUUUCUUUUCAUGUUGUCUACUCGUGCUGGUGGUCUCGGAAUCAACCUUGCAACAGCUGAUGUUGUCAUUAUCUAUGAUUCAGAUUGGAAUCCUCAAGUUGAUUUACAGGCGAUGGAUCGAGCUCAUCGCAUUGGUCAAACUAAGGCUGUCCGUGUUUUUCGUAUGAUAACGGAUCACACAAUCGAAGAAAGAAUUAUAAUGCGAGCUGAAAUGAAACUCAGAUUGGAUAAUCUUGUUAUUCAGCAA